CUUCCAGUCCCCCGUCCAGCCGUUCCUGCCUGCCCUCAAGAAGGUGGCCCUUGUUGCACAGACUGAUACUGAGCCCAGCACUUUGCAUGGAUUACUUUCUGUGUCCUCACAUUGGCCUAUGGAGCAAGAGUGGCCGGCCACAUCCCUGGAGCAGACCAGCCACAGAUGGGAAUUCUCUGGAAAAUAAAUCACAUCUGUACUGAACACAGAGACUUUUUUCUUGUUAUUAUUCUGUAAACAGUACUGGCUAAUGACUAUUUACAUAGCAUUCACAUUUUUUAAAGUAUUCAAAUAAUUUAGAACCAAGAGAUGGAGGGAGGGAAGGGAAUGGGGGGAAGGAGAAGUAAAAAGAAUCAAGACGUGUUGUAUACCUGCACCAAUUCCCCAUGAAGAAUGGAAUCACUGCGCACUGCAAACACAUACAAAUUAAAAGGAAAAAGUAAUCUAGAGAUAAUUUAAAGUAUAAGGAAGAAUGUACCUAAGCUACAUGCAAUAGUGUGCCAAUUUCUACAAGCGAGUUGAGCAUCCUGGGAUUUGGGUGUCUGUGGGGUGCUGGAGCCCAUCUUCCGUGGAUGUGGAGGGACAGCUGCACUAUUAUUUUCCCAAUUUGUAGACUAUGAAGCUCUCAUAAUGUAGGUCCACAAGCACUGAGAACUUGUGCUCUCGUAUCCCCCUUUACAGUUCUCCAAGACUAGCUUUCACCUUCUCCAUUUUGAUAAGACUCCCUUUGUUACUCUGAGCUGUGAUCACCGAGUCCUAAUGAGGGACUCAACACUGCAUGAUUGCAGGGUUGCAGCCGUCCAAGGCCAGCGGGACCCAAGCCACAUUCCCAGUUUCCGCUCUGGGGGAUCCAAAGCGGUGGAGGGCAGAAGUGGAGGAGAGCGAUGCCAGCUUCUGGACCGUCUCUGUGACCGCACCAGUGGGUGCUGUCAUUGGCCACUACUUGCUCCUGCUACAGAUCUCAGGCCAGAGUCAACACCUCUUGGGCCAGUUCACACUGCUCUUUAACCCCUGGAACAGAGAGGAUGCCGUGUUUCUGCGGAAUGAGGCUCAGCGCAGGGAGUACUUGUUGGACCAAAAUGGCCUCAUCUUCUUGGGCACAGCUGACUGCAUCCAGGAAGAGCCCUGGGACUUUGGCCAGUUCGAAAGUGAUGUCAUGGACCUCAGCCUGGACUUGCUGGGUGUAGACAAGCAGGUGGAGGAGUGGAGCCAGCCUGCACACGUGGCCCGGGUACUGGGCGCCUUGGUGAGUGCCAGGCAGGCAGGAGGGAGAGAGGGACAAGAGCCCUCUACAGACGUGUCCACCCUCCAUGCCCCUGGAAGCCCUGUAAUCACAACUGAUUCCCUCCUCUGGAGAAGUGAGGGACAGGAGAGGAUAAGCAAUGCUGUCUACAGGGGCAAGAAAAGUCAAGAGCUGCACACUCUCAAGAAGAAGAAGGUCCUGCCCACCCCGCAGACCCAGGACACCCAGGAGCGGGCCCUGCUGAACAAGCGCCGGGGGAGCGCGCCCAUCCUUCGGCAGUGGCUCACUGGCCAAGGGCGACCUGUGUACGAGGGCCAGGCCUGGGUGCUGGCUGCCGUUGCCUGCACAGUGCUGAGAAGUCUGGGAAUCCCCGCUCGAGUGGUCACCACAUUCAGCUCAGCCCAGGACACUGGUGGGGGCCUGCUGGUGGAUGAGUACUACAAUGAAGAGGGGCUGCAGGUUGGAGAAGGCCAGAGAGGCCGCAUUUGGAUCUUCCAGACUUCCACAGAGUGCUGGAUGACCAGGCCUGAUUUGUGCCAGGGGUUUGACGGAUGGCAGAUUCUGCACCCCAAGUCUCUGAGUGCAGAUGGAGUCCUGGGAGCCUGUGAUCUGGUCCCAGUCAGAGCAGUCAAGGAGGGGGCACUGGAGCUGAUGCCUGCCGUGUCAGACCUUUUCGCCUCGGUAAAUGCCUCAUGUGUGGUCUGGAAGUGCUGCGAGGAUGGGAAACUGGAGUUGACCAACUUCAACACCAAGUAUGCUGGCAACAACAUCAGCACCAAGGUUGUGGGCAGUGACCGCUGUGAGGACAUCACUCAGAACUACAAGUAUCCUGCAGGAUCUCUUCAAGAGAGAGAGGUACUAGAGAGAGUCCGGAAAGAGAGUCUGAGGUACAAGAAACACAGCAGCAUCUAUCCCCCUAGUUGUGAACUGGAUGAUCCACUGUACCUAUUCUUGGAAGUGCCCAGCUUCCUCCCCCUGGGAGAGGACGCCCAGCUCUCAGUAACCCUGAAUAACCCUGGUGACCAGGAGAAGGUGGUGCAGCUGGUGACUGGCGCCCAGGCAGUGUACUACAAUGGAGUUCUUGCCACUGACCUCUGGAGGAAGAAGCUGUCCUUCAGGAUCAGUGCCAACCAGGUUAAGAAAAUAACCACCAGCCUGUCCUUCUCCUCUUUUGAGAAAAACCUGCCUGAGAACAGCUGCCUCAGACUCACCUCAGUGGCCACGCACUCUGCCUCCAGCCUGAGCUGCUUUGCUCAGGAGGAUAUCGCCAUUGGGAGACCAGGCCUUGCCGUUGAGAUGCCAGAAGUGGCAAAGCAACAUCGACCUCUCAGGGCCUCAGUUAGGAUCCAUAACUCCCUGGGUUCCCCCAUGAAGGACUGUGAGGUCUCCAUCUUUGGAAAGGGGCUCAUUCACCGAGAGAGGAGAUACAGAUUAAGUCCAGUAUGGCCUGGAGAAACCUUGCAUACCUGGUUCCAGUUCACACCAGCACAGCUGGGGCAACACAGACUCACUGUGGAAAUGGACUGCGACAUGUUCCAGAACCUAACUGGCCACAAAAGUGUCACUGUGGUAGUCCCUGAACUUUCAGCUUAAACUUCCAGCUCCAUCAUCACUCUUGAAACCACAAUCUUGAAACUAACUCUUGAAACUACAACAUAAAACCAAACACAUGCUGGGGAAGGAAACCUUGCUUAUAGGAAAAAUGAGUCUCUAGGCUGAGUUACCAACAAUAAAGCUAGAUCCCCAGAAAUCCAGAUAAUGAUGCUCCUUUCUGUCAGCUCAGCCACUAGACUAGCUGUCUUAGAAUAGCAGCUAUAAGGCUUGGACAACAAAAGCUUUUGAAAAGGUACUCAAUAACCUUUCAAAGUACAUACAGAGUUUCUGAGUACCUUGUCAGAGUACAGACUUUUCAGGUUCAGGGGUUUUCAACCAUUUUCUUGCUCCUUAACUAUUGGAACAGAUAAGGCCAGAUACAAUUUUUAGAUCAUUCGUCUAUUUCUGAUAAAGUGGGAUGAUAUUAGCUAAGUAUACACUUGUCACUCAAAAGAAUGACUCUGUUCGGACUAUGCCUAAAGCAAUCAGAAGGACAAGUGUGGUGUCUUGCACCUGCGAAGAGGCCUGCUGUCAGCAGGGUGGAGACGGCCUGCAGUGCGUACAGCCCCAGUCUGUGAGCACAGUCUACACUGCUAGAGAUGCACCCUGCUCUCCAACAUGCGAUCAACAUGCAAUGGAUACAAGAAUGUAAUUAAAUGGUGAUGAUUUUGCAAAAAUAUAUAACAAGAAGGCCCUUAAAAUUAUAUAGCUCUUUUAUACAUUUUUUUUUUUUUGAUUUAGUAAAAUGUGGAAUUUUACAUUUGGGGAUACAUGUAAAUAUAUAACAGAGAACAAUUCAGGUAGCUAUAAGGAAAACAAA